AAAUACACUAAUAUAUUUCCAAACUACUGGAAAGUCAACAAAAGUAUUUAAAGCAUGCAUCACUUCAAUUGUCUGAAUUAAUGAUAGCGCCCAUUUAGAUAUUGGUUAAAAAAGUAUAUUAUACUGAGAAAAAUUCGUUCCUUAUGCCUUACAGUUUAAUUGGAAAUCUUGGCCAGUGCUGAUCCCCACUCCGUUUUCCAUGCCGCACUCUGUCUCUCACGUUUCAGAGGUGCCGCAGCAGAAUUCGCAGUUCUCUAGAUGUUUGUUGAGACUCCCCAACAUCCAAUGAGAGAGCUGUUGCCAGUGGCAACCACGUCCAUCAGCCAUUUCUGUCCAAUAAAGAGCGGAACGAGGCGGAGUACAGGUGCGCGCCGCUGCGUCCACUUGGCAGAGAGCCUGGGAGACGCCUGUGGCAAAAGAGUAACUGUCAAAUGCAAGGUUCCUUUAAUAAGAGCGAUCAGUCCGGCUCCGAGAGUCAUGGCGACCACAGCGUCUAAUCAUUACAAUAUCCUCACCUCCAGCGCAUCUAUUGUGCACUCGGAGCCCGGGAGCAUGCAGCAAGCCACGGCGUACAGGGACGCGCAGACCCUGUUGCAGAGUGACUACUCAUUGCAGAGCAACAGUCACCCGCUCAGCCACGCGCACCAGUGGAUAACGGCGCUGUCGCACGGAGAGGGAGCUCCGUGGUCAACUAGUCCCCUCGGUGAACAGGACAUUAAACCCGCGGUGCAGGGCACCAGAGACGAGAUGCACAGCUCAAACAACCUCCAGCACCAGCACCAGCCACGACCGCCCCACCUGGUGCACCAGUCGCAUGGGAACCACCACGACUCCCGAGCGUGGAGAACUACCACCGCAGCUCACAUACCCAGCAUGGCAACAUCGAACGGUCAGAGCCUUAUUUAUUCACAGCCCGGUUUCGGCGUCAACGGUCUGAUUCCAGGCAGCGGACAGGGAAUGCACCAUCACAACCUAAGAGACGCACACGAAGACCACCAUAGCCCGCAUCUCAGUGACCACGGCCACCAGGCGUCCCAACACCAGCAACAGAGUCACCACGACCACUCGGACGAGGAUACACCGACCUCAGAUGACUUGGAGCAGUUUGCCAAGCAGUUUAAGCAGCGGAGGAUCAAACUGGGCUUCACUCAGGCUGACGUCGGACUCGCCUUGGGAACGCUGUAUGGAAAUGUGUUUUCCCAAACCACUAUUUGCAGGUUCGAGGCCCUGCAGCUCAGCUUCAAAAACAUGUGUAAGCUCAAGCCUUUGUUGAACAAGUGGUUGGAGGAAGCGGAUUCCACCUCGGGCAGCCCAACCAGCUUGGACAAAAUCGCAGCACAAGGGAGGAAAAGGAAAAAACGGACCUCUAUCGAGGUAAGCGUUAAAGGAGCUUUGGAGAGUCAUUUCUUGAAGUGUCCUAAACCCGCAGCGUCGGAAAUUACUUCCCUUGCGGACAGUCUACAGCUGGAGAAAGAGGUGGUGAGGGUUUGGUUUUGUAACAGGAGACAGAAAGAGAAACGCAUGACACCUCCGGGAGGACCGCUCCCUGGGACGGAGGAUGUGUAUGGGGACACACCGCCACACCAUGGAGUCCAAACACCGGUUCAAUGAACAAUAACGGACCAGUCUUUCGCUUUUGGACUUUCCCUGUUUUGAUUUAUCCCGAAAAUUAUAUAUAAUUCACUGGACUAUGAGCGAUAGUGGGUGUUUUAUGUAUAAUAGCCUAUUGCGGUGAGUUCUUACACAAUAUCUGCAUUGAA